GCGGAGGGACGGUCUUUUCGGGACGGACGUACUUCGAGCGUGGCAGCUACUCGGUCGGUGUUCCCGUCCGCCUUCCGGGACGCCUGGUGGUUCCCGGCACUGCGAGUCAUGACGCUCUUCCACUUCGGCAACUGCUUCGCCCUGGCCUACUCGCCGUACUUCAUCGCCUACAAGUGCACCGGCUUGUCGGAGUACAAUGCCUUUUGGAGGUGCGUCCAAGCCGGCGCCACCUACCUGUUUGUCCAGCUGUGUAAGAUGCUGUUCCUCGCCACGUUCUUCCCCACCUGGGAUGCCUCAGUCGGUGUCUAUGACUUUGUGGGGGAGUUCAUGAAGGCAACGGUGGACCUGGCCGACCUCGUGGGCCUGCACCUGGUGAUGUCCAAGAACGCGGGCAAGGGCGAGUACAAGAUCAUGGUGGCUGCGAUGGGCUGGUCUACCGCCGAGCUGGUCAUGUCAAGGUGCAUCCCUCUCUGGGUCGGAGCCAGAGGCAUUGAGUUUGACUGGAGGUACAUUCAGAUGAGUUUGGACUCCAACAUCAGCUUGGUUCACUAUGUGGCUAUGGCGGGCCUGGUGUGGAUGUUCUCCAGAUAUGACCUACCGAAGCACUACCGCCUGCCCAUCGCCAUUCUUCUGGGGCUCAGUGUCUACAAACUCUUCCUCAUGGAGUCCGUCAUUCACAUCUUUGUGCUGGGCAGCUGGAUGGCGCUGCUGGUGAAAGCGGCCGUCACUGGCGCCGUCUCCCUCAGCGCACUUCUGCUCUACGUCAGCCUCGUACAUGGCAACUGACCUUGAUGGGUGGGGGCAGGGCCACGGUCCCCCGUCCCCACGUUCUCUCGCUCCCUCCCAUUCUCUGAAUGUCUCUCCCCAUUCCUGAUCUCCUCCUCCCUCCCUCUCGGAUUCUAGAUCUACCACCCACCUAACCAAUCAUAGAGUCCCCCCCCCCCCCCCCCACCGUUCUCCCAUCUUCCCAACCCCGGGGAAGGCUUCCAACCCCCUGUCCCAGCCCACCACCCUUCAGUUACCCCCUCACUGCAUCCCCCUUCACUCUGCUCUGAGGAGGACAGACACAGCUCCUGGGAGAACCCACCUCCAGGGUUGUGUGAACCUUCCCAGUAUGGUGGAAGGGUGAGGGAGCAGAUUUGGACUCUUUCCCCACACCUCCAAUCAUUCAUUGCUUUAGAAGCCUGACUCUAUUCCGCCUUGUGCACUGGGUGUUGCGCAAGACUGGUGGGGCUUCCCACCACGCUAUGCCCGAGGGUCUUUCCGAAGCGGAGGUUGAUCUGCUCCAAGCACAUAAGGUGCUAAACUGGUCUGAGGAGGAGGAGCUGGCAGAUUGUGGAUACAUAACUUACUGGAUGUAGCCACCAUUGUUAAUACAGUGAUUAAACAUCAAUCUUGAUCCAA